GUCACGGCAGCGCACUCGCAGUGUUGGCUGCGACAGUGUCACCAUGCGCGCCCUACUGUUACUCGCUCUUGUCACCGUGUGCUGUGCCGCGCCACAGUUCUCCAGGUCUAGCCUGCAAGUUGGAGACAAUGAUUCAGAUGGCCAGCCAUUCAUCGAGGAAGUGGUCGUAGAGUCAACACUUCAUGUUAAGAACCCUCUCACCGAGCGGCAGGCUCGCACCAACACUAAAACUAACCUACAAGAUGGCACCAGAGUCGCAGAGUCGAAGCAAUAAAUGUUCAUAAAAAGAAGAAGCUGUUUACAAUCACGAACAAACCCAUAUAAACUAUUGGAGUGUUUUGUCACAACUUACAAAUUAAGAAAAAAAAUUAUACAAAGUCGUCUGUGUUAUACCUCUCUUUCACCUAUUACAGCUGCAGCUUGUUUUGUAAGCUAAAUUUCAGUUGAAGAUUUAGAAACGUGGCACUAAAAUUACAUGGUAUGGAACCAUAAUAUGAGGUUGAUUAUAUUGUAUCCAUAGUCAUUUAUGUAGACGUCGUUUGUCACUAUCAAGCGAGUAACAACUCCUUUGCUAUUCUAAUUCAUAAAAAAAAAUAUUCGAAAGAGAAGAAUAAAAUAAUUCGAUAUUUAAAUUAUUGUAGUUUUAUAACUAUGCGCCAGCAUACACUCCGUUUCGUUUUACAAUAAUGUGUAAUUUACCUUUAUAUCUUACCUGUUGAAGACAAUAUUACGUAGAUAACAAAUCACCCUGAUAUAGAUCUAAUUUUUAAUACUAGA